AUGGACGACGGUACGGCAGCUGCUGCGACGGCUUCGUCUGCACACGCGGGUGCUCUAAAUGUAGAAAACAUGGACGAGGAUGACGUGGUUGUCCAUGAAUACUUGAUGCGCCAAGAAGCGCUACUGCUCGAGCGCAAGCAGCAACGCGAGAUAGCGUCGUUUGACGCUGCUGUGGCUCACCUCCGUCAUGAGAAACUCGCUCUCGAGGUAGGCUUCAAGCAAGCGGAACUUCGGCUGUUCACUCUCCUUAGCGAGUUGUCGCUGCUUGAGUCGUUCGAGAGCAAGGAAAACCUGUUGAGCAGUAAACUCGAGAAGAGUAAAGGGGAAAAGGCGCAGAUUGUGGCGGACCUGCGCGAUGUCCAAGACCUGCUGACGAUCAAGAAACGCGAUCUGGAUGAAUGGGCGCGACAGGAGAAGGCUGUGCAAGCAGAGUUCCUGACGCUUGUGAACGGCGGCACGGGGUCAAGUGCGACACCUCACCCGAGCUUUGCGGCGCUGCAGAAGCUGUUUAAGCGCAAGAUCAAGCGAGCUAAGAAGAAACCCGCUUCAGGUGGCAAGGAAGAAGGGAAAGAGCCUGACAGUGCGAGAGACGGCGAGGAGCUAGAAGACGACGAUGAAGAAGAAGAGGACGAAGACGAAGACUAUGACGAAGAUGACGACGACGAUGACGAAGAAGAAGAUGAUACAUGUCCGUCGGGAUGCGACUUGACUCUGUACGAGAAGGUGCUGGCCCUGCGUGAGAAGCGUGCCGAUGUAGACGACGCCAUGGGGGAGCUGAACAAGGCGAUCGAAGAGCUUCGGAAGGCCGGAGAGCGUCAGACAGCCAAGCAACGUGCGAUUGACAAGGAGCUGGCUGCCACGGAGCAGGAUACGCAGCAGUUCCAGAGUGAAAAGCAGUCGCGCUUCAACCAGCUGGACGUCGUAGUGCCGCUCAGUACGCGGCAACUAUGUUGUCUUGAAGCUCCGUCUCCGACUCGGCAAAACUGGACGCUACCUGCUCAAGCUGAUGGCUGCCUCGUGUUCACCACUCGCGCCUUCUCUGCGUUGUCUGAGCGUAUCGAGUCGCUGCAAGCAGAGAACAAGAAGCUGCGUCAACAGUUCCGAGACCUUCACAAACAGCAGAACGUGCUUGCUAAGGAGAAGCGUCAGCAGCAAGAAGCCAUUGCAAGAGCUCAGGAUCGCAGCGAGCAGCUCAUGCGACUGAAAUUCGGACAGCUAGUGGACCUGGAGGUGCUGGAUCGCGCUUGUGACGCGUCUUCGGUCGACGAGCUGCAGACUCGCGUCAAGCUACGCGAGGUCGAAGGUGAGCGAGCUCUGCGUCGUGCCAAGCAGACGCACCCGCAGCUGCAACACGCUAUUCUGCAGGCGACCGAGCAGAACACGGCCUUGUUAGCUCAGAUCGCUGCACUCACGGAGCGUCAGGCCGAACUGGAACGCGAACUCAAUCGUCAUCAGGGUGGUGGCAGUAGCAGUGGGGACAGUGGCGGUGUACUCAGUCUUGACGAAGACGAGGUCUUGGUUGAGCGCGAGAUGAAGGAGCGCAACAAGCUCGUGCGGCUGGUGAAGCUGCAGGCCAGAGAAGUUGAAGCGCUUAAGCAGGAGAUCGGACUGCUGCGCGGCAAAGAUGGAAAAGUGUAUGCGCCUCGAGGGUAG